AUGUCUUGGGCAUGCAAAAAAUGCACCUUUGUAAACCCUCCUUCCCAAAAAUCCCAAUGCGAAAUCUGCUCCUCUUCGUCCUCCCCGCCCCCUCUUCCGUGUUCCUCUUCUUCUUCGCCCCCAAAGUGGUCGUGCAAGGCUUGCACUUUUCUCAACCCUUUCAAAAACUCUGCUUGCGAAGUUUGCGACACUCGCUGCCACGUUCUCUCCCUUUCCAACGUCGACGAUUUGAACGACACACUUCAAGACGCUGAGAACGACGCUUCUGUGGGCUCUGUCUUCUUCCCUCUUCAACACUGUAAGAGGAAGGCCACCUAUGACGACGAUUCUGCCGAGCCAGCGUCAUUUCGAGACGUAAAGACCAAAGCCUCCAAUGACUCCAUCCAUCUCAGUAGUGAUGAUGAGCUUGUUCCUGAGGGAAAAAAUGCUGCUUCGGGCAAAGAUUUCACUACAUUGAAGAUAUUAAGCUACAAUGUAUGGUUUAGGGAGGAUUUGGAGUUGAACAAGAGGAUGAAAGCAAUUGGUGACCUUGUUCAGCUGCAUUCCCCUGAUUUUAUCUGCUUCCAGGAGGUUACUCCAAAUAUAUUUGACAUUUUCAAGCAAUCCAGCUGGUGGAAUGCGUAUCGUUGUUCGGUUUCUUCUGACAAGGCUUAUUCAAGACCAUAUUUUUGUAUGCUGUUAAGCAAGCUGCCAGUAAAAUCUUUCAGCAGCAAACCCUUUAGCAAUUCUAUAAUGGGAAGAGAAGUGUGCAUUGCUGAGGUCGAAGUUGCAGGUGGCAAGUCGUUGGUUGUUGCUACUAGCCAUCUUGAAAGCCCCUGCCCGGCUCCACCAAAAUGGGAUCAAAUGUACAGCAAGGAACGAGUGCAGCAGGCCAAUGAGGCUCUGAGCCUUCUCAAGAAGUACCCAAAUGUUAUCUUUGGGGGUGACAUGAACUGGGACGAUAAAUUGGAUGGUGAAUAUCCUUUACAAAAUGAGUGGAUUGAUGCCUGGUCCGAGCUGAGGCCAAAGGAAAUUGGUUGGACAUAUGAUACCAAAUCGAACCAGAUGUUAUCGGGUAACCGUACUCUCCAGAAGCGGUUAGAUCGGUUUAUAUGCCGUUUCCAUGAUCUUAUGAUAACUAGUAUUGACAUGAUUGGGAAGGAUGCAAUACCCGGUGUGAUAUACACCAAAGAGAAGAAAGUUAGAAAAGAGAUAAAACAACUGGUACUCCCUGUUUUGCCUAGUGAUCAUUAUGGCCUGCUCUUGACAAUUUCAAACAAGUAAUGCGCUCUGAAGAAUCCGGCCAAUGGAACCAUUAAUCUCACUCAAUGGCAUGUUUUGCAUGCAGUUUUUGUAUAGACUAAAGGAGAGGUAGUUGACAUUCUAGGUGGGUACAGACUGCAGAAUGCUGCCUUCGUUUUGGUUUUAUAUUUUCAACGAAUUGCGUGUCUUGCUCUCUAUUCUCUAGUUCCUAUGCUUAUCACAUCACUGGUAGAAUACACAUUCAUGAAUGAUUCGUAUAUUGAAAAUGCCAGCAUAUAU